AUGAAGACUUUACUAUCGGGAUUAUUAAAAAGUCCACUUCUCCACGUUUUGCUGACUUUCCCACUCAUCCACGGAACACCGUUUGAAUAUAACAUGUUUCAGGGCGAUGCAUACUCUGGCAGUGAGUCAAGACAGAGGAAUAAGAACUGGUGUGCAUAUGUUGUGCACAAAAACGUGAGCUGUGCCGUGGUGGGAGGCACGGAGAGCUUCGUGCAGCCGCAGUUGUUACCGUGUCCGGUGCAACGGCCCAACUGUGCGCAACAAGUGAUACACCAGACCCAUUUUAGGCCCAUGUACAAGAUUGCUUUCAAGACUGUCACAGAGCUGGAGUGGAGAUGCUGCCCAGGGUACCAGGGUCAUGACUGCAAAGACCUGAAAGAUGCACCGCCCCGACGAACAGAGCCGGGGGCUUUGCCACAUGCAGGUUCCUCCUCGGGCCAUAUCUCCGGAUCACACAGUCUGGAACAGCAGACUUGGGGUCAGAGAAACCAUCCCUCGGGAGGGGUGGGUCAACCUGGGGGUCAGACAGGUCACAGGGUGUCAGGGGUUCAGGGAAUGUCUAACACUGUACAGCAUCUGGAGGAGGAGGUACAGCAUCUGUCCCAGAUGGUGCUGGACAUGCAGGCCAGCAUGACAGACAUGUCCUCCAACCUGAGACUGGGCUUGCAAGAGGAUGCCAGCAAAAUGCUGGUCACCCUGCUGAAUAACCACAGACAUCCUGCCAGCGCACGAGGUGGCGAGACCCAUACCAUUCAGCUGCAGGGCCUGUCCUUCGAGCCUGAGGUGACACAUAUGAACGAGGUCAUUACCAAGAUCAACAAGGUCACAGAUGCGCUGGAGUCCAAGAGCAACGCCCUGGAGGACCUCUUGGGUCGGGUUGAACACCACGAUGGACAGCUACGUCUGCUGAUGGAGGCUGCUCAGAGCGCCCCGGCAACACCUCCUCCUCCCGUCUCCCUGGGCAGCGAUGCAGAUCUCCGUGCCUAUGUGGAUGAGAAAAUCCAAGUGCUGAGAGAUGAGCUGAUGGAAGGCAUAGAGAUCAAGAUGGCAGAUCUGAAGCAUUCGUGUGACUAUAAAAUCACAUCUGUUCAGGAGCAGUGUGAGGGGCAAGAGACCAACUACCUCAGCCUGGCUGAGCUCAUGGACUCCAAGGAAGCCGACCUCCGCAAAGAGAUCCUUGACCUCAAGGCCAGUCUGAAUGACUCAAAGAGGGAAGAAAAAGCUCAACCUAGAAACAGUCAGACGUCUGACCCUCUUCUGGCCCAAGUUGAGAACCUCAAGGUCUAUGUGAACUCAUCUGAGCAGAAUGCAGACAUAAAUUGGCUCUUCCUGGAGGAGAAACUGAGGAAAGAAAGGGAAGAAGGACUUACAGACAUGAGGAAAACAUUGGAGGACAGGUUGACCUCUAUGGAAGAUAGAGUCACCUCUGUCUUGUUAGAUAUGACUGCCAAAAACCUCCCUGGGGUUCAUGAAGUAAAUGUGGAUGCUUUACAGAGGGAAAUUAACAUUCAUAAUGGUACUAUUCAGGCCCUGGAGGAUAGACUUAAUGUCUUGGAUCAGCUGUGCUCUAAGGAGUGCAGCUCUAGAUUAACAGUCAUAGAGGGCAUUCAACAAGAGCUCCAGAACUGCCAAAUUGCUAUAGAUGCUGUUCAAAGUAGUCUUGACAGCCCAUCAGGAAACCUGGUAGGAGCAAUGGAGGACUUUGUUCAGGGGCAUCUCCUCAAUUACAGCAGCAGUGUUGGGGAUGCUCACAGUGAAUUGAGUGUCAUCAAAGGACGCAUGGAAAGGUUGGAGGACUCUCUGUCAGAGGUGGGCAGCUCUCUCAGUCUGCAGUCUCAGGUGCUGCAGAGCCUCAAUUCGACCUGUGGUCAGGUUAACCCAGGAGAUGCCCCAGAGGUCAGGGACCUCCUGGUGCAUCACACAGCCCAGCGACAAGAGCUUCGAAACAAGCUGGAGGAGCUUGGCAGGGAGGUGAGAGCCGAGGCUGAGCACUGCACGGAAAAAAUGGAGGAUGUGGGGAAGGAGGUAGUCAAUAUGGAUAGCCGCAUUGCUAAUGUGGAGAGUUUAUGCGGUAAACUGGAGCCGAUCUCAGGAAGUGUACAGAGGAUCAAAGAGGGUUUGAAUAAACAUGUCAAUGGGUUGUGGACUUGCAUCAACCAGAUAAAUGGCACCUUGAGAACUCAUGCCCGAGACAUUGGGGGACUGAAGGGAACCUGUCACAACCUCCAGAACCAUGUCUCUAAUAUCGCCAGAGAUCUUCAGGAUCUAGCUACCAGCGCUCCUAAGUCAGGUGUUCACGUCCGAGCAGAGGACUCAGGCCGACCCUCGACGAUCAAGGACACGUCCCGGGAUUCAACCCCGCUGAAAAGCCGCACUGCACCCAUAGUCCUUCCAAAAGAAGACUCCCUCACUCAGCCACAUGUGAUGGAGACCGGGGAGGCGGGACCCCCGGGUACCAUGACCUCAUCCAGGCACCCCAAAGAAGGGACGGAUGGCAGCAUGAUGCCUGUUAAGGGCUUUGCUGGAGCCCCAGACUUUGAACCCAGCGCACCUUCCUUCCUUCCUGACUGUAUGAUCAUGACUCCUGUGUGUUCAGGUGAGAGGGUGUCGUUCUCCGCUGGCCUGAACCUCCUGCCCUUCCCCGGCGAAGUGGGGAUAAUACGUUUUAAUAAAGUGCUAGUCAACGAUGGAGGACACUAUGACCCUCGCACAGGCAUCUUCACGGCCCCUGCGGACGGCCGCUACCUGCUGAGCGCCGUGCUGACGGCCCAGCGGGGCGAGAGGGUGGAGGCCGUUCUCUCCGUGUCCAGUCGCAGCAUCCAGAAACUGGACACGGCGGGUUUCCCGUCCGGGGCCGCCGCGCAUGCGCUGAGUGAUGACCGGUGCAGCUGCGGCGGCUCGACGUCCCUCAGCCUGGUUGUGGGUCUGAAGCGCGGGGACCGGGUGGGGCUCGUCAUGACGGCCGGGAAACUCGCCAUCUCCGCCUCCCCGGAGGCCCUCUCCACUUUCAGCGCCGCCCUCCUCUACCCCACGCCGUCGACACGAUAGCUGAGCGCAAGACGGCCGUUCAAAGGAACAGAGAGGAAAAAAACAGCGUGUGUUUGAUCAGUUUUGGGUGGCGUGUGGAGAACCUCAGUGGGUGUUUACUGAGGUUAAAAGUGUUGUAAUAAAACAUAUUUAGCACAAAUGGAAAACAGCAACAAAAAAAAAAUAACGAAAG